AUGUUAUGUGCAAAUGUUCAUUCAGAUGAUGCCAUGGAAAUAUUUGUGGCAUUAAGGUCACCAAAAAUCACAGUGAUUGGGCUUACGACUAUUUUUGGAAACGUUUACACCACACUUGCCACUAGAAAUGCAUUGCAUUUGGUUGCUAGGAGAUCAGAUAUCCCUAUUGCAGAAGGAUCUCAUGUCAAUUAUACGGCGAUUCAACUGGACCCCACAUUCCCCAAAAACAUUGGACAAAUUGUUCUUUUUUGUGGUGCUUUUGCAGUAGAUAGGAGUGUGAAUCCGACUGCCGAGACUAACGAUUUGGGAGAUGAGAUCCCACUUAAAUGA